CUGGGAACCGGAACAAAUCCUCUCCUCAAAAAGAAACAAGAUGGCGCCGACAGAUUCGUGGCAAAGUGAAUGCCAAAAUGUACAACAGUAUGGACAAGACAUUAUGGAGAAAAUCAACGAACGCAACAGAAUACGCCGCUCAGGUGGAAACCACGCCAGGGUAGAAUCAGAUAUCAGGAUAAUGUUGAAGACAUUUAGCCGUGAUGUUAACAACUUGAAACAGGCAUUACUCAGAGCGUCGUCGUCUUAUCAUAUAACUGAACGAGAAGUUGACAGRCGACAAAACAUGCUAGACCAACUCAUAACAAAGGAAAGACAACUAAAUUCAGCAUUACAACAAGAACCUGUCAACAAAGAUUUUGGAAGCAGAGAUGCUCUCUUAAACAGAGGACGAGACAAUAAUGCAUUUGACUCUCCAUCAUUACAGGAAAAUGACGACAUGUCAGUWACUGACAUGCGUAGUCAACAGCAACAAAUGAUUGCAGAGCAAGACAAAGGCCUUGAUGCAUUAUCUAGUAUAAUCCAGCGGCAAAAGAUGAUAGGACAUGCAAUAAGCGAUGAGGUYGAUACACAAAAUGAAAUUAUYGAUGACAUCACAGGUCAAGUUGACACAACCAAUCAGAGACUUGUUAGAGAAAAUGCACAUGUCAAAAGAGUCACARCAAAAUCAUCGACAUGUGGCAUGCUGGUAGUAAUWGUGCUCCUCCUCAUUGUCAUUGUAGUAGUUGCAGUUGUACCACAUUAGUACAUGUUAUUGGCAGUACAUGUACAUGGAAUUCAUAAUUACAGAUAUGUCAUGAUUAUUUUAAAUAGAGAAUUAAAGGGCCGCGUGCAACCAAGAACCUUUGCGCGAUUUUCUUGAUUUUGAACCGAUCAGAAAGCACGUUUCAACGAAAGAAACGACCGCAAAGGUUCAUGGAUGCGCGUAGGCCUUUAGCAUUAUAAAAAAAUAUGGGAAUACCCAGAGCUACAAUACAGUUUCAUUUAUGUUGAAAUGUAAGCUUGGGAUGCAAAAUUAGUAGUCUUCAUUCAUACUCACAAUCCUUUUUAAAUUGAACCUAUAGUAGAAAAGGAAGCGAUUCUGUUUAUAUAAGUAGAGUGCGCUUAUUUCUUUAUUUUACGAGUUGAUUCAAAAAGGGUUGUCUGGUUAAAAGAAAUGAAGUUUGCAGUAACUGAAAGGAACUUCAGUUAGCUAGAUUUAUGUUCAAUCUCAGUUGUUGUCCAAGUUUAAUUGAGUGCAUCUUCUUAAAAGUACUGACCAGCACAUUUCUUUUCGGUUGUGAAAUAUUCUUUGGAUUCAUUGAUAACCUUUCCAAUUUUCCCGAACUCAGUAAGAAAAAAACCUGAGCUUUGAGCUGCGCCAGUCUUAUAUGCAUAUGAAGUUCUAACAAUAGCCUAAUACAUUGUGUUAAUAUAGAUAUUACAUCAUACUAGAAACCUCUAUUGUAAGCAUCAGAAGGUUCUGGAAAAUCACUUUAUGGCAUAAAGGACACUUGGAAGAAACGCACUGCGCAAACUCGGAAGACGUACGAUUCCGAUGUUUUGAGUGUUGCACAAAAUUGCAAAAUUUAAAAUACUAAAAGGCUAAUGUUUUUCCUUAUGACAGUGGCAUGUUAUUUUUAUCUUUUACCACUUACUAAAGUAUAUACAAAAACGUUUUACGAUAUAAGAAGAAAUAUAUUUGCCUAUCAUUUGUACGACUGAACUCUUCGCGAUUAACCGCAUUUUUGUUGUUUAGACAUACGCAUGCGCAAUGCGCUUCUCCCAAAAUAUUCCAAAAAAGCAUACAUUUAAAUACAACUUACUACAGAAUCAAAGAAAAUCCAUAAACUACUAAGCUAAGGGAAUGAGGAUCAAUACCCCAAUAUACAUGUUUGUAAAUUUGGCAAAUGCCAUUCUGAUUUGAUAUUUGGUAAAAUAUAAGAGCAAAACUUAAAGUUGAA